GAUCUAUUGAGUGGAGUGUGGGGAUAGAUAAGCAAGCUCCGCAGCUUCCUUUGUCUGCUAUACUAAAAUGUUGGUUUGUCAGUAGCAUGUCGCAAAUAUUAAAAAAGGAGAAGUAAACUGGGAUUGACUAACAUGGAGAAAUCUGUAGAGAAGGUGCGCUGAGCUGGGACGUGGUCCUCUCUCUUCAUCCCUCUCCCUCAACUUGCUGUCAUGUCUCGAUACCUGAAGCAUUUCACUGCUGUGGGGGACCAGCAUGUGGUCCAUAGUGACGAGGAAGAACUGCAUGUUUCCAGUGAGGAGUUGAGUUCGGCUACGGGACAGCUUCCAGCGACGUUAACAUUUAGGGAUUCAUUCAAGAGGCUAUACAGCUCAGAACGUUUCCAGGUGUUGGUUGUGUGUUUGGUAAUCCUGGAUGCCAUCUUUGUCUUGGCUGAGUUGCUUAUAGAUCUGGCUGUCAUCAAGCUAGAGCAUGGCCACAUUGCUCCAGAGGUGUUUCACUACCUGAGCUUGGCUAUUCUCACCUUCUUCAUGUUGGAGCUGGCUGGGAAGCUGUUUGCAUACCACUUGGAAUUCUUCCUGCAUAAAUUUGAGGUGUUUGAUGGUUUUGUGGUGAUAGUGUCCUUCAUCUUGGACAUUGUCUUCAUCUUCCAUGAGGACGCCUUUGAUGGGAUAGGUCUUCUGAUCCUGCUCCGACUCUGGAGGGUAGCCAGGAUUAUCAAUGGAAUCCUAGUGUCAGUGAAGACCCGUGCAGACCAGAAGAUUCACAAGCUGAAGGAAAGCUAUGACCACCUGGUUCAAAGAGUCACUGAGCUACAGGAGCGCAAUGAUAAACUGGCACAAGAGAACGACAACCUGAAAGCCCUCCUCAAGAAGCAUGGCAUAGACAUCUAGGUCAACAAGCUCACUGCUGCAGAGCUACUUGUACCCACAUUCUACAGAACAUUUAAUGGUUUAGUACUAACUGCACUGAGAUUUAAUGUCAUCAUUCCUGUCUUUGUGGUGAUGGAGACAAAUUAAGGGACUGCACUUGCAUCAUGAAUUUCCAGUAUAUACAUGUUAGUGAUUUUCAUGCCAUAAAGUCUAAAGCACCUGUAAAUAAGUGAAACACAGAAUGAUGACUUGUACAUAAAACUACAUCUAAAUGUGAUUUUAGAGUUCUGUAUGAUCUGUUAUCAAAAAUGUAAACAAUUAUUUCAAGAACUGAGAAAAAAAUGUGAAACCAUGUAUUAAAUUUUAUUAUAAAACAGGGAAAA